CGGGUAUUGCGAUAGUUUUAUAAAAAAGAAAUAAAAAGAAAAUUUGAGUGAAAAGAGAAAAUUAAGAUUUUAAAUAAGAAAGUCCUGUUUAUCUAAGUUAUUUUAUGCUCAAUAUUAAAGUUAAGGAUCAGAACUAGUGAAUGUAAUUAAAGAAAAGACAGCCGCAAGAGAAAAAAUCUGAACGAAAAUUUUCAUGAUCCAGUAGUCUUUAUUGAGAUUUUGGUUUCUGCCUAUCGAUUAUUUUCUUUCUUUAUUAUUUUAUUAUUUGAUUUGUGCAUCAUUAUCGAUUAUUUUGACUGCUUAAUUAGUGAGAAUGGCGAAUGAAGACGAUACAGAAUUUAAGAAGCUUCCAGUGGAUGAACGUUGCGUUCAUAAAUUGUGGAAAGCUCGUGUUGAUGGAUAUGAAGAGGCAGCAAAAAUUUUUCGUACAAUAGACGAUGAAAAAGGUCCAGAAUGGAACAAAUUUAUGGGACUAGUUAAGAAAUUUGUCAUAGACAGUAAUGCAUUGGCACAGGAAAAAGGUCUUGAAGCUACAUUGGUUUUUGUUGAGAAUUGUGGAAAUGCUGGGAGAACUGUUGGUGAAGUAAUCAGUGGAAUUGUUACAAAAUGUCUAGGUGCACCGAAAAUGAAAACUAAAGAUCUUGGAAUGCAAAUAGCACUCAUGUAUAUUGAAAUUGAGAAACAUGAAGCCGUAAUUGAGGAGCUCAUUAAAGGAUUUGAUCAGAAAAAUCCAAAAAUUGUAUCAGCAUGUGUCUCAACGAUUCUUCUUGCCCUCCGAGAGUUUGGUGCGAAAGUUGUAAAUGUUAAGCCUUUAGUCAAGAAAAUUCCCACACUUCUUAGUGACCGAGAUAAAACUGUUCGAGAUGAAGCCAAACAGCUUACAAUAGAAAUUUUCCGAUGGAUUGGCCCAGUUUUCAAGACACAAAUUCAAUCGCUGCCACAGGUUGUUUUGAAUGAAUUGGAAGCAGAAUUUGACAAGGUUAAAAAUGAAAAAGCAGUCCCGUCAAGAUAUCUUCGUUCACAACAGCAAAAACAAAUUGUCGAGGCUGUAGCCGGAGAAGUCAGUCAGGACAUUGAACAUGACGAAGGAGAAGGUGUAGUUAAUGAUGAUAUUGAUCCAAUGGAUUUGAUAGAUCCAGUUGAUAUUUUGUCAAAGUUGCCAAAAGAUUUCUAUGACAAAUUGGAAGCAAAGAAAUGGCAAGAGAGAAAAGAGUCACUUGAAGCAUUGGAACCGCUCGUAACUAAUCCGAAAUUAGAGAAUGGUGAUUAUGGAGAUUUAGUGAGAGCACUGAAGAAAGUAAUAACAAAAGAUUCAAACGUUGUAUUGGUCGCAUUAGCUGGAAAGUGUCUUGCAUUGUUAGCUAAAGGAGUAGGCAAAAAAUUUCAGCCAUACGCAGUUGCAUGUAUUAGUGGCAUUUUGGAAAAAUUCAAAGAAAAGAAAACAAAUGUUGUUGCAGCUCUUCGAGAUGCUAUUGACGCAAUUUAUCCAGCAACCAAUUUGGAAGCAAUUCAAGAAGAAGUCAUUGCGGCAUUAGCGAAUAAAAAUCCAAGCGUAAAGACAGAAACUGCAUUAUUUUUGGCUAGAUCAUUUACAAAAACUCAACCGACAGUUUUGAAUAAGAAGCUUUUGAAAGCUUACGUUACGGCAUUAUUAAAGACUUUAAAUGAAUCAGAUCCAACAGUCCGUGACGCUUCAGCAGAAGCUUUAGGAACAGCAAUGAAAUUAGUAACAGAAAAGAAUAUUUCACCGUUCUUGACAGAAGUUGAUGCAUUAAAAAUGGAAAAGAUUAAAGAAUAUUAUGAGAAGGCAGUAAUUACAGUCAAAAUUGUUGGUGCCAAGAAAGAACGUCCACAAACAGCACCUGUUAAAACUGUUCCACAAAAAGGAGGAUCAUCGGAACCAAAACCUGUUGCUCGACCUAAUACAGCAGUCGGUCCAAAAAAAGUUCUUGCUAAGAAACCAGCAGCAAGCUCAUCAAAUGCUGGUGGAAUUUCAAAAUCAGCAAGUACAAAGAAUGUAUUGCCAACAGAACGUGAAUUAUCACAGGAAGAAGUGGACGAACAAGCACCAGAAAUUCUGCCACCAGAUGUUAUUAAUGGACUUUGUGAUUCAAAUUGGAAAACAAGACUUCAAUCAAUUGAAACAUUCCUGCAACUAUUAUCAACAUUCGAUUCAAAAUGUGGACACACGCAAAUAUUGGUUAGAGUUCUAGCUAAAAAACCAGGCUUAAAAGAUACAAAUUUCCAAGUUCUAAAACUUCGUCUAGAUGCCAUUAAAUUGAUUGCUGAGAGUUUUGGAAUGACAGUAACGACAUCAGAUUUGAUUAUUAAUGAGAUAAUUGAGAAACUAGGUGAUGCAAAAGUCAGUACUUCAGCUGCAGCUGCAUUAACAGCAAUGUCUGAGACUAUUCGUUUAGAAUAUGUUGUGUCCAAAGUCAUGUCUUUUGCAUUUGAACAGAAAUCACCAAAAGUACAGCAAGAAUCUAUUGGAUGGGUUAAUCAAGCACUACGUGAGUUUGGCUUUCACGUUAAUCCAAAGCUAUUAAUUGAUGAUGCUAAGAAAGGUGUUAAUAGUACUAAUCCGGCUGUAAGACAAGCAGCAAUUACAUUACUUGGAACUAUGCAUCUUUACAUGGGUCCAACACUCGCAAUGUUCUUUGACAAUGAGAAGCCAGCUUUAAAGCAACAAAUUCAACUGGAAUUUGAUAAGAAUUCAGGACAAAAAGCACCGGCAUCGACGAGAGGAGGUCAAUCGAAUGGAAUGAAAGGCUCAACAGAAGCAAAUAAUGCAAAUGAUGAUGAUGAUGAGCCUGUAACUCCAACAAAUCUUGCUGACUUGAUUCCAAGAGUUGAUAUUUCACCAUUAAUAACAGAAUCUUUAAUAGCUGAGUUGAGUGAUAAGAACUGGAAGACUAGAAAUGAAGGAUUAAUAAAAUUUCAAGCAAUCAUCAAUGAGCAUAAAUUGAUUAAGGCAUCACUUGGUGAAUUACCUCCAAUUUUGGCUCAACGAUUAGUGGACAGUAAUGCUAAGAUUGCUCAGACUGCCGUCGAAAUUUGUACUCAAUUGUCGACUAGUAUUGGCCCAGGUUGUAAGCAGCACAUUCGAGUCCUAUUGCCUGGAGUUUUACGUGGGCUUGGUGAUAAUAAGUCUUAUUUAAGAUCAGCAUGUAUUACGUGCAUGAACGCUUGGGGAGAUCAAUGUGGAUAUAAAGAAUUUUUCGAUGGAGAAAUGUUUGCGGAUGCCUUAAAAAGUGGAACACCAGCACUAAAAGUAGAAGUUUGGGGAUGGAUGGCUGAAAAACUACCAGAUAUUCCACCAAAAAGCAUCAAUAAAGAGGAACUUAUUUCAUGUCUGCCUUAUUUAUAUGCAAACAUAAUCGAUCGAAAUGCAGAUGUCCGUAAAAAUGCCAACGAUUGUGUUUUAGGCAUUAUGAUGCAUCUUGGAUAUGAUGCAAUGAUGAAGGCAAUGGAUAAACAGAAACCAGCAACAAAGAAAGAUAUUCAAGCAGCUCUUGAUAAAGCCAGACCUAAUUUGCCAGUUAAACCAUUACCAAAAAGUAAGCAACAAGCUCCAAUAGUUGUUGAAGAGAAGAAAAUCAUUAAAUCUGGUGGAAGUAAAAUUGUCAAGCCAACAAUUUCAAAGCCUGGAUCAGCAGCAGCUUCGAGUAGACGAAAGGAGGAAGAAGUAGACACGUCGCCAUUAUUCCAGGUUAAUAAUCUAAAGCAACAACGUUUCUUGGACGAACAAAAGUUGAAAGUCAUUCGAUGGACAUUUACAACACCGAGAGAAGAGUUUAAUGAUUUACUUAAGGAACAAAUGACUAAUGCAAACGUAAAUAAAGGCUUGAUGGCAAAUAUGUUUCAUGACGAUUUCCGUUAUCAUCUAAAGGUUAUUGAAACAUUGAUUGAGGACCUUUCUAACAAUAUGCAAGGCUUAAUAUGUAAUUUAGAUCUUGUCCUAAAAUGGUUGUCACUUAGAUUCUAUGACACAAAUCCUUCAGUUCUACUUAAAGGAUUAGAUUAUCUCAAUUUUGUAUUUACGACAUUGAGAGAGACUCAAUAUGUAUUGACAGAUAAUGAAGGUUCCUCAUUUAUUCCACAUUUGUUGACCAAAAUUGGAGAUCCAAAAGAUGCCGUCAGAAAUGGAGUUCGUAAUCUUCUUCGACAAAUUUGCCUAAUUUAUCCAUUCUCCAGAGUAUUCUCAUACAUAAUGGAUGCUCUUAAAUCGAAAAAUGCUCGUCAACGUACAGAAUGUUUAGAUGAGCUUGGAUUCCUCAUUGAGACAUACAAUUUAACUGUCUGUCAGCCAACUCCACAGCAUGCACUGAAAGAAAUUGCUCGCCAAAUUAGUGAUCGUGAUAAUUCAGUUCGUUCUGCAGCACUUAAUUGUAUAGUUAAGGCUUACGAAUUAGCUGGUGAAAGAAUUUACAAGAUGAUAGGACAGCUCAGCGAAAAGGAAAUGUCAAUGUUGGAUGAAAGAAUCAAGAGAAGCAAGAAGAGUCCAAAAUUAGUUCCGGAAGUAAAACAGUCACAAUCGAGUGUUGAAAUUGUCAGUGUGCCGAUUAAUGAAAAGGAUGAUGACAGUAGAGACUUAUCAGGCGAAGAGGAACUUCCAUCCGAAGAAGAAUCCCAUCCAAAUGUCCACAACCGCGACGAUAAUUAUGAAGCACAUUCGCAAGAGGAUUUAAAUCUUACGGCAACUCCACACGAAAUUAAGUCACCUGAUUGGCCGAAUCUUAUUGAAAUUCCUCAAAUGACUUAUGAAAACACACCUCCAUCUGUACAAACUUCUCGUGCACCAACCUCUGGUCCAUUCUGCUUAGAUUCAGGUGUUAUAGCGGAGAUAGAAAAAGAUUGGACUCGUAGUGAUCAAAUUAAACUUUCUCACUUUUCACCUAUCGAUCUAACUUAUGCUGAUCAGCCAAUUCAGAUUAAAGCUUGCAAUGGAGUAACUUAUCCUGCAGAUCGAUUAAAUCACUUAUUGUCUAAAAGUCCAUCGAGACCUCAUUCGGCUAAUAUUACUUUAUAUUCCGCUUCCAGUCCACAGCAUUACUCUCCAUUGAGACCAUCAACAGCGCCUGAGCCGCAAACAACAAAUUUGAUGGAAAAUUUGCCGAAAUAUGACACGAAAUUGUUGAAUAUAAUUAAGGGAAUCGGACAUCCUGAUCAGUAUGUCGCUCAUGCCUCAUUAAAUGAACUGUCCGAUAUCAUUGAAUCUCAAGAAAAGCAAGCAGUCUUGCGUGACUACGAGGAAAUUUACAUCCAGAGUGUUCUGGCACAAUUUAAGCAUUUAUCACAACGUUCACUGAGCGAGGCACUUUCGCUAUAUCAGCCGCUCCUUAAUAGCAUUUAUCAUUUCUUUACAUCCAAGGCAUUGGGACAAAACUUGAGUGUGGCAAGCAUUAAAAAUAUUAUUGCCGUCUUGCUCGGUCUCAUGUCUGAUCAGAAACUCGGAAGUGGCGAAGAGUAUACGAAAGUCGUCAAUAGUAUUUGCCUCAAAAUCCUCGACCGUUGUAAUUUCACGCAUUUAAAUUGUGCCCUAGUUCGUCUCCUAAAAGAAACAUGCUCGACAAGUGCAUUGCCAAAAUUCACAGAAUUAUUAAUGAAAUGUAUUUGGAGAAAUGUAAAAUUAAUGCCAGAACGAGUCAAUGAAUUAGAUUAUGAUGCUCUUCUAAUGGAAAUUCAUGAUUUCAUGCUGGCAUUGCCAACAAAUUGGUGGGCUCAGCGACCUUCUGAUACACCAAUGCGAACGAUCAAGACAAUUAUUCACAAUAUGACGAAAAUUAAAGGAGCUGGAAUCUUGCAGCAUCUCAACAACAUUCCAAGACAUUCAGAACUCAACACAUAUGUAUUACGCAUACUAAAAAAAGAACAUGGUUCCUUGCCUGGAUCUCACGAUUCAAAUCAACAAGCUUAUGCCUCACAGCUCCAUCAACAGCGAUCACAACAAGAUCGAACGAGUCGUGCUAAUCAUGAUCAAGUCAGCAACAUAUUUAAACUAAUAUCCGAUAAGGAUACAUCAAAAGUUGGGCUACGACAGUUAAAUGAAUUUAAGCAAAACCAUCCAGAAUUUGAUAUUCAGCCAUUUUUAAAAGGAAGUAGUCCAUUCUUCCAGCAGUUCAUACACGAUGGAUUAGCGGAAUUACAGAAGGCUUCACAGAAUAAUACGAAUAACAAUCAAUCACACGAGCAGAGUUCUGCAAACCCGAAUCAGACUAAUGAAAAUCCCAAUAAUCCAGACUAUUGGAUGCAUAAAUUAAACAUGUAUCGAGUUCGAGGAAAACUACAGACGAAUGAAGAGAAGGAGCCAAUUAUGGAUAAUAAGAUUGCCGAUGAAAACCUUAACAUGAAUCAAAUUCAAUCGAGACUAACGACUUUGGCCAAGAAAGAUGGAACACAACUUCCUAUUCAAGCUGAUCGAUUGGAGCUCCUUCAACAGAAGCUAGCACAAUACAAGCCGAAAUAGAAUAUGGCGAUUCUAGAGGAAUCAAAAAUCAUAAUUUAAAAAUUUCCACUUCUUUUAUCAACUUGAAUAUUAAAAAAAAUUCGAUAUGAUCUUGUAAUGCUCUCUCCAUUCAACUAUUUUCCAGUUAAUGUUUUUUCAUGUUCUUUUAUUUAUCCAUUUCAUUAAAAAAGAAAUUCUAAAUUUGUUAUUUAAAAAAAGAAAUCCAUCAUUGCCUAAAACUUGUUGAGUUUUCAUCGUUAAUCAAUUUCUAUUGUAUUCUCUGUUUUUCGCAUCAAUCAAGCAACAUCAAAUGUUUUUUGAGGAAGUUAUUACAUUAAAAAAAUAAGAAUGAGAAAGUUCUGCAUGGAUAUUGAAUAAAUCUACAUUAGUUCAUACAACUAUUUAAUGGAGAAAUUAUGAAAUUAAUUAUGAUGUUCAUUUGCUGGUAGAUAAAGUCACCUAAUACAAACUAGUAUUAGGUCUCUCCCCCCAAAAAAUCGAAUUUUCUUUCUUGAAAAAGUUUUUAGAUGAGAAUCGUAAGUCCAAUCUGUCUGGAUCUUGCUAUUGAAAAGUUGAAUAUUUUUAUAUAGUAAACGAUAAUGAUUGAUUAUAAACUGCUUGUCAUUAGCAUACACUGAGGAGCACUUUUAAUGUGCAACAUGAAAUUUAUCAAUUUUGAUUGAAGCAAAACAUUUUUCGUAAGUUAAAU